CUGGCCUUAGGACUGCUUGCACCGUGCCGUCUUGUGAAAUCAUUGUAACCAUUCGAGUGACGUGCGCUAAUACAUAGACAACGACACUGAGAAAUUGAAAGAUUCGCCCAGCGACAAUAUGGAAGUUAAAAUUAUAUUAGUGUGCACAGCGAUAGCUGUCUUUGCCGCCAUCGUGUACGGAGAAGAGCCCAAAGACAUCCUCAAAGAUAUCGACGAAAAAGACAUGGAGGAUUUAUUCAAAGAGUGGGAAUUGUCCAGGGCGGAAGGAAAGCGACAGCCUAUGGCGAUGUGCGUCAACGACGACCGCUAUUGCGUCGGCUGGAAGCGCGACGAAGACAAACGUGACCCCGAACAGUGGAAGAAAAGGCACCUUAAGCUAAAAGGUCUCAACAUGCAAGACGCCUGGAAAAGAUCGGUACGCAGACGAUCGGCCCCUGCAGAAGAGUAAAACAAAAUGACAUUUAUUUUUCCUAGUGAAUAAACACAGUGGAUGUAUAUGU